AGCAGGCCUUGCAAGACAAUCACCUUUUUUGACAUUUCAUAAAGUUCAGCCGACUAGAGCGGAUCACCAAGGAUCGCCGAAGAAAUUUCCCGUAAAUCGUUUUAUUUUUUACCGAAGCAAUGAAUCCCGAAUUUCAAGAAAUUGUUUCGCCUAGACAGCUACAGCGAAGUCCUUUGCGUGAUGCCAGUGCCCAUUAUGGGCCUCAAAAUUACAGUCAAACGAGCAGGAUUCGCCCACCAGGCACGAUCGGGUCAACGAGUAGGAUUCCGCCACCAAUGGGACAAAGGCAUGUAGCUCAAACCCCAAGUGUACGACCGCCAAGCAUGAUAAGGCCACCCGGUGGAGGUCAGUUCCAAACUCCGCAAACCGUUCAAAGGCCCUCUCAAAUAAGGCUCCCUUCGGGUCUAAAAGCGCCCGGAUUUUUCAGGCCUUCGGUGCAAAGUACACCCUUAGGACCGUCUACUAGCUCGCAGAAAGUCAUUCCUUUGCCUGGUUCCGCAAACGCGCUUGCGCAAGCUCCAAAACCUUCGCGGAUACCAGCACCUCCCAUCGGCUCAUCGGGUAUUCCGACUCCAUCAGUAUCACGUGUUCCAUCUACGUCAUUGCUGCCAAAACCAAGUUUUACCCGAUCCCAGUCACAAUCACGAAUAAUUCCUCCGUCAAGAACAGUCCUGCCACGAACUUCAACUCCACAACGAACGUCCAUUCCUGCACAGGGCAGACGUCCAGGCUCGGCGCCAUCUACUGCUGGUCCUUCCAGGGUUCGUCCCACUACAGCACCUACAACGCCUCGUGUGGUUCGUGAAGCGGUACCUUCCACUCCCGUUCGACGACCUAAAGUGCAACUUCCGAGAACAGCUGCCAAGAAACGUAUUGCCACUGAAGAUGCUAACGCCGAAGUUUACAGCAUUGCCGGCCGAGAAGUGGAGUUCGUGGACUAUGUUCCUUCUCCAGAAGAUGAACCAGCGGUUCGACCUAGCCGGCGAGGCCCAGCUGCACGACCGGGAGCAGUACGAAUUGCGAAGGGUAUCGUUACAAAGCCAUCAGGUCGAGGACAGAUUGCCGCUGAACCUAAAACUCCAGUAGCAGCUGGAAGAGCCAGGAUAAAUCUCCCAAGGACGGCAGCAAAGCAACGCAUAACAAGUGAAGACACAGAAGGUGAAGUUUUCAACAUCGGUGGCCGCGUUGUGGAGUUUGUUGACUAUGUCCCAACUCCGGAAGAACAACCUCCUCCGGAGCCAGUUAGAAGACCUGUUGUGCGUCGAGGCGGAGCUCGCAUCAAAAUGCCUGAAAAGCCCAGUGAUAAACCCGAUGGCGCCUCGCCAGUUGUCGAAGCCAAGCAAGCCGUACAAAAGUCCAGAAAAAUCCACGAAUUUCCAGAUGAACCUUCCGUUGCCGCUGCCAAGGAGUUUGCUUCGCAGAUAGAUGCCGACAUACAACGAUUCCGACAAAUGGGCGCCGAUCUGACAGAUCUCAAGCAAAGAAAAUCUGCUGUUCUGUCCAAAAUCAAGAGCAUGUAUGACCAGGACAAAGCUGAGGAUCACGAUGUUCCCGCCAUUCCCGAUGUUGAAGGCUUCAGGGCAAAAUACGGCGUUACCCAGAGUCCAAAGAUGCGGCAACUCCUGGAGGUGACUACCGACUGGAACCGAACCAUAUUAGAUGACCAAGAGUUUGCCGAAAGUUUAGCGCAAGUGCGACCAUUCGAGCCACAACAAAAACCCAAGCUAACUACGGUAUUGCAGAGCCUGGUGGAGUCACCAGACAGACCCGAUCAAGUCGUGCAAAGACGUUCAGAAAUGGAACUCGCUAGACAAGAACGAAUAGAUAACUACCGACAGCGAAUAGAGGCGGCCAAGGAAUACCGACGAAUACUGGAAGAACGAAGGAAAAAUCUUCCAAGUCGGCGGCCUUACUCCAAACAGGAACGGGAAGACAUCCGAAGACGAUACCAGGAAGCACAAGAAUGGACCUACACGGCUCCCACCGAAGAAGAGCUUGACAAUGCAAUGCGACUGGCCGAAAUGAUGGAACUUGAAGGCGCCGGAGUUUCGGUGGUGGCAGAUCCUAAAGAGACGGUAGAAACCCUGUUCCCGGAAGCGGCGCCCUCGGUUGAAAUUAGUAGUGUCGUGGGGGACGUUCCCAUACCAAGGGAUAUCCCCGCGGAAGAAAUCAACAACGUAAACGAUUUGGAUCGAAGCACUGCCGAGGUCGCACUCAAAGCAAGUCUGGUUCCGGUUCCGACGGAAGGCGUUACCAAGAAGGUUCUAGAGGCUGGUCUUCAAGAAAUGACAACGGCCAAAAUUGAACCGACGCCGCAAAAGUUGGAUCCCAUGUACGAAAUCGAUUUGAAGCUUGGUCAACCUCGGCGAAAAAACUACAUCCAACUGCAAGGUUCCUCGUAUCCGUCGUGGUUUCCCGGGUUUUAUAGUAUUUUCCCGGGUGCUCCGGGGCUGAUCAAAGCCAUGAAAUCGCCCAGCGCAACACUGCUGACCGCGUUUCGGCAGAUGCAUUCUUCGGCAAACAUUUGAGGUGUGCUAAAUUGUAAAUUGAUGUAAUAUAUUUGAAUU